AUGACAUCGUCAUCAUCGGUCGGAUACACGUCCGAACGACACCUGUAUCCGUUUCGGUGUGGCCAGUGCAGUUUGGCGUUCCGCACGCGCGACAAGCUCAGCUUCCAUCAGCAAUACCAUGCGAUGCGUGCUGCAACGCGCUGUGCUGUUUGUUACCGGUCGUUCCGCACCAUCGGCCACCUCAGCAGGCAUGUACAAUCGGAGCACGUGCCACUGACCAGCGUCGACAACCUGCAACAAAAAGAGUCACUGUCCGAAUCGACCGCCGCUUCCAGCGGCAGGGUGCACCGCGACGAACGUAGCGACGACGGCGCAGAGUCGUCUCCUGCCGCGUCGCCAGACGUCGCGCAUUUGGCUGAGGAUUGCAAGGAGAACCGCGUUGGCCCUUCGGACAGUGCUGACCGAGUCCGAGACCGAGACCGCGCCGAUGAUUUCCUGAACAGUCCGAACGUGGCUGAGAAUGCCUAUUUGAUGGACAUGAGCCGGCGCUUUCGCUGCCACCGCUGCAAGAUGGCGUUCACAAAGCAGAGCUACUUGACGAUCCAUAAUCGGACAUUCCUGGACCCUGGUCGACCGUACAAGUGCGAAAUUUGCCGCGAGUCGUUCACCUCGAACGGACACCUCAGUCCCGCUGCCGCAUGCGUCCCUGCAGCUAACCCUACUGUUGUCGCCAAAAAGUACAAGUGCAAUAUCUGCAGCAAGGCAUAUAACACCGGUCAGAACCUGGAUAUUCACCUGCGAUCGGUUGGUCACCACGCUAGGAUAGCCAAGUUACAAGAACUGAUCAUGGCCGGCGAGAUCGACCUAAGUCGUCCGUUCCUCGAGCAGCCGUCUAACACAUGCAGCGGAAGCCUCCUUACGAAGCCUUCUCCUCCGCUGCCGUCUGUGGUUGGUCCUGAACAUCGCAGUUCGAUGGUCUUCGGCCAUUCGCCGGCCGUACUGACCGAGUUCUCGCGCUGCACGUGCAUCCUCUGCGGUCUGCAGUUCUCGAGCAUUUGGAUACUGAAAGCACACCUGGAACAGGUCCAUCGCAAGUUUGUACCCGUGGAUGAAAUCGAGAAGCUGGGCGACGACUUUAAGGCCGCGUACGACAAGAAGUACGCGGAACUGGGAAUGCCACCGUUUGUAACCGCUGGAGCCACUUCAGACAAUGCUGAGAUGGCCGAUGCUGUCGUUGGCGUGUCCGGCGGCAGCGGAAGCGGCAAGCCGUUGAUGACCCCAGCCGCGACGCCGAACGCCGCCGCACUGUCGUCGUUGCUGCUUCAGCAGCAGCAGAAAAGGGCGAGGACACGCAUCACCGACGAACAGCUGAAAAUCUUGCGAGAGUAUUUCGAUAUUAACAAUUCGCCGACCGAAGAGCAGGUGGAGGAGAUGUCGCGCAAGUCCGGCCUGCCGCAGAAGGUCAUCAAGCAUUGGUUCCGCAACACCCUGUUCAAGGAGCGCCAGCGCAACAAGGACUCGCCCUACAACUUCUCGAUUCCGCCAUCUUGCGGCAUAGAUCUGGAGGAGUAUGAGAAGACCGGUGAAACGAAGGUCAUUCCGCUGACCGUCGUCGACGACUCUAAGCCAGAUCCUCAGUCAGAUGCUGCCUGUGUCACCAGCGAUGAGAGCGCGCCUGGCAGCAGUGACAAUGCGCAGGACAUGCUCCGAAAACUGUCAUCGAUGGCACCACUGCCGUUCUCCUUGAACACUGCUGCUGCUGCCGCGGCGGCGGCCGCCGCGGCAGCGGUGCAGGUGAAGGUGUUGCAGUCAUUCUUCGAGAAGAACGCGUAUCCGAAGGACGACGAUUUGGAACUCCUGAGCAAGCGACUCGGCCUCAGCCCUCGCGUGAUCGUCGUUUGGUUUCAGAACGCGCGCCAAAAGGCCAGGAAGAUCUUCGAGAACCAACCGAUGGACACAGAUGACCGCUUCACACGCACCCCCGGCAUGAACUACCAGUGUAAGAACUGCAAAUUGGUAUUCCAGCGCUACUAUGAGCUGAUCAAGCAUCAGAAGACGAACUGUCUGCGAGGCUUGGACGCUGGCCGAUCAUCGCUUUCCGACAUGACCGACAACUCGCCGACGGCGUCAGCGGCAUCCGCCACCGCUGCCGCUGCCUCCACCGCCACCGCCACCGCCGCUAGAAUGACCAAGACCGAGUCGAGUGACUUCGGCUACGGGUACAGCGGAUUCGACACCAUGUGCAACCUGUGCAACGAUCGCUUCGCAGAUGUCGAUUCGCUCAGUGAACAUGUGAGGACUCACGAGGGAAGUUUAGGUGGAGAAGAGUCGUCGACCGGCCACGGCCACCACAGCCGUUGUAGCGGCGGCCACGUGCCGUUAUCGUCGUCGGUAGUGGCAGCGGUCACAGGAGCCUGCGGCAGCGGGCCGGAAUUCGUCCCUCCACCUUCUAGCGGUGCUCAGUCGUCGUCGCCGUCGGUCGAGUCGACGGCAUCGGUCGCGCAGUUGAGCGACGACGAACUGUGCAAACGUCAACGAGCGCACAUCUCACCGCAGCAUUUGUAUGUGCUUUACCAAAGUUACAAAAACGAUCCAAAUCCGACUGGCGAGAAGGUGCUCGAGAUCUCUAAAGAAACGGGUAUGAAUAAGCGUGCGAUCCAAGUUUGGUUUCAGAACACGCGUGCCAAAGAGAGACGCAGUCAGAUGGCCGGUGGUCAGCACUUCUUCAACAAGCGCUGCCCGUUC